CCUCCUCGUGUGUGCCUUCUAUCGCUCGCCGCCUUGCUCUCCUUCUUUGUGUGUUUGAUCUAAUACAGGUUUCUUGUUCUGCACAUUUGGUCCCUUUUUACUAGUGAAUCCUGAAGCAACGGCAGUAUUAUUGAAACUCAUGAGUUGCUCUUGUGAGGCAGGGGAAAGGUUUAGGGAAAAACUUUUCAAUGUUUGGCGAAAGGUUUUAUUAAAUUGAUUCUGUUAAAAUAAAGAAACAUCAGGACAAUGCAUUCUGUUUCCUUGGAUUGCCUGCAGAGGGCAGCACCGCCGAGAUUAUGGUAAAGCAAUAUUCUCCGACGUUAUUGUAAUUAAAGUUGUUAAACAGUUCAUCAUUAGUUGUUAUAAUGAUUAUGACCUGUGAAUGUUUUAUGUGUCUACAAGUAAGAAUUGCAAGAAGUAAAAGAGGUGAGGUUAAAAGUAUGUUUUCUAAAUAUCUCCCCAACAUUGGCUCUGGCAUAGAAGUGGUUUGGAUGUUAGGAGUCAUGCUUUCCACAAUACUGAUGUCUCCCUUUAAGUAGGUAGGAGCAGGAGGAAUCACAGCGUCUCCAGUGCCAGACAACUGCUUCCUGAUCUGUGAUGGCUCCUCUGUGCUGCACCACACUUAAUAAGCUGUCGGUUCUUUGUUCUACUCAAGUACCAUUCUUUAGUUCCCAAACAUAUCACGCACUGUGGAGAGUCUCCACACUUAUAUCACUCACCGCCGCUGUCAGACUCUUCUCUGCUUUCUUCUCUUCAAACAAAUCAGCUGUAAAUGUUUCCUUUGGGGUUUUUUUUCUUCCCCUCCUAGUUGGGGGAAAGUUUCCAAGGAAACAGGUUUCUUUUGUGGAUGCGGUUUUGUCAUUGGUCUGAUGGGAAUGGAGAGCACAAAGGCUGGGGAGACAGAUUUAAAUGGGGGUGGGAGGUUGUUGUGGAGGUGGGAAGACUAGUUGGUCUUCUCACUACCAGUUUCACAUGUGUCUGUCUGACGGAAUCUCAAGGCUGCGCCCACUGACCCCGACACAGACGGGGUGGCUCUAGGUCACCGCUCUAAGUUUCCCAUCCCUAACACCCCCACCACCCUGGAUAAGCAGACUAACUGGUCCAAAGCUCUGCCGCUGCCCACCCCCGAGGAGCGAAUGAAAAGCAACUCACAAGUGAUCAACUCAUGUAUCAUCCCCAUUAAUGUGACCGGCGUUGGCUUCGACAGAGAUGCUAGUGUGCGCUGCUCGCUCGUUCACUCCCAGUCUUUGCUUCAGCGGAGAAGGAAGUUGAGGAGACGCAGGACCGUUGCUGGAGUUCCCAGACAGUUGCAACAGGAUUUGGACUCUGAUGACUCCCCUGGUGCCAGAGAGCGAACUGUGAUCGUUCAUGCAAGUUUGGAUAUCACUCCAUCCAACGAGGAACUGACGCGCCAUCACGGCACCAGAGACUCGGGUUGCCAGACUGAGGAGUUCCUGAUACCUGGCGCUCCAUCUCGGAGGAGGAUCCGGGCCCAGCGUGGCCAGGGAGCGUCCCUCUGUCUCUCUCAGUCCGCUGGCAAUAUCUGUUUACUGCAGGACGACGCCGACACAAUGUUCACAGCGGUGGACGCCCGGCUGCGGACACGCAGUCUUCCACGGGAAGGAAGGAUCAGCAACAGAAGCGAUGACGAGGACGAGCUUUCUCCUUUUGAUGCUGAGGAUUUCUUAUCCGGAGCUGGGCAGUUGAUUCUGAAGGAUGAAGAGGAAAGCGCUGAUGACCAGGCAAUGUCUGACCGACAGCUGGGGAGCCUAAAGUUCAAGGAGCUAACAGAAAGUCCAGAGCGCCGUUGGAUGGAGAGGUCCAGGUCUCAGCUGCCCAGGAAGGUGGAGAUGGGCAGCUGUGAUAUGUCUUCCAGCUCGGACACCUUCAGCAGUCCUGUGCACUCUGUCUCAGCUGCGGGAGUGCUGGGAGGUCAGAUGGAUCACAAAGACGACCACCAGUCGUCCAGUGGGAACUGGAGCGGCAGCAGCUCCACGUGCCCCUCCCAGACCUCCGAGACCCUCCCCCUGGCCGCCUCCCCACAUCUCACUGGCUCCUCACACUGCGACUCAGAGCUAUCGCUGAAUGCUACAUCUCAUGCGAACGACGACCAGAGUGGCUUCUUGCUGGAGCAGUUUCAGGGCAUGAGGACCCAGCGAGCCGGGUCAUUCUCCUCCACUGCCAUGGACAUUUUAGAAGAGGUUGGAGUGGACACUAAUGUUGAGGGGGAGUGGAGCUACAGCAACGCAGAAGCCCCUCUCCCACAGGACUUCAGUCCGGAGCCCAGUCGGGAGGCUGAGAGCAGCCUCGGCUGCCCCAGUUUCACCAGCAUGGCCACUUGUGAAAGCAGCUUCUCCGACAAGCCGCUGUCAGAGAAGGCCGACACGGUGUCGCACUACUCUGUGGACACAGAAGGUUACUACACCUCCAUGCACUUUGACUGUGGGCUUAAAGAGAGCAGAAGUUUCACGUACAACUAUGCAUUUUCCAGCUCAGACUGUGGCCUGUCAGACUUAGGUAGUCACAUGACUCUUGGGAGAAGAUGCCUGUCUCUACGCAAACCAAAGUCCAAGCCGUCGCCGCCCAAGAGGAGCUCAUCGCUGAGGCAAAUACAUAGUGAGGGAAACCUUCCUGUGAAGAAGGAACCAAAGAUAAGCUGUGGGCAGAAACUGUCCUGCAAGGAGAAGAAAUUGCAGCUUGCUCUGUCCGGCUCACCCCGGCAAAGGGAGGGACAGAUCCGGGUGUGGGGGGUGGAGGGUUCAUCAGAUUUGCCUGAUUUGGGUGUGUUUAGCUCCACAGACGCUCACUCUUUCAAAGACGAGGGCGUCGUCCAGUCAGAAUACGCAGACCUCUGGCUCUUAAAUGAUUUAAAAUCCAGUGAUCCGUACCGGUCGCUGUCGAACUCCAGCACAGCGACAGGUACAACAGUCAUCGAGUGCAUCAAGUCCCAGGAAAGUUCAGGGUCCCAGACAUCCCAGUCGGACUCCAGGGCCACCACACCAUCACUGCCGUCGGUGGAGGGCGAGUACAAGCUGUCGUCCCCGGAGAAGCUGGCCGGCCUCGCCAGCCCGUCGAGCGGCUACUCCAGUCAGUCAGAGACGCCCACGUCGUCCUUCCCCUCUGCUUUCUUUCCCGGACCGCUGUCCCCUUCAAGUGGCAAGAGAAAACCCAAAGUCCCAGAGAGAAAGUCGUCUCUCACUCAGUCUUCCUGCAAGGAUGCAGCAACAUCCAAGAAGGAUUUGGAGUUACCCAUCGUCCCUCCCUCCCACCUAGACCUCAGUGCCUUUGUCAGCAACAGAAGUUCAGCUUACAGGACGUCUGCACAAGUCUUCCAUCAAAGUAAGCCACAACCCCAAAGCACAAACUUAGAUGUGUAUAACAACCCUGCCAUGGCCAUCACACCGUCAGUGCUGCACUCUGUCCAGCUGCGCUCCGUCAGCAAAGAGCAGGAGACAAGUCUGAGUGACCAAACCAACCAGGGGAAAGAGAGCGAGCAAUUACUCAGCAAUAACUACGAUUCAACAAAGUCUCCGCAGUCAUUUGAACGAGUUGACUCCUCAAAAGAGGAACUUUCAGAUGGAUACGAAUCGCUGAAUGAGCGCAACAGAAAUGCUCCUGAUCUCUUGCAAAGCAUAUCAGUGUGCAGGUUGCCGUGGGGACGGCAGUUGAAGGAGAAAGCUGAGGACAACGAGUCUAAGUUCUGCAGCUCACAGUCUGAAACCGAAGAGCCACUGAAAGUGGAGGCAGACAUCAUGGAGCCAGACCUGCACAGUUCACCCAAGGGACCAGAGAGUGUGGACAAUAAGGACACUGAUGGUCCGACGCCGGAGGAGAGUUCAGUCCAAAAAGAUGACAGUGAAGACGCAGAGUCAUCCAGUGCUUCAGCUGAAAGUACUUCUCUGGACGAGAAGGAGGAGUUGAUGGCCGAGGACUCCAACUGCAAAGAUUCCACAUCCAAUGAGUCAGCAUUUUCUCCCCUGAGUGAUGACUCCCGGUCUGAGGAUGAUGCUGUGUUUCUGUCCCCGACGAAGUCACGGACUACUGAAGAUCUGUUUGCCAUGAUACACAGAUCCAAGAGGAAGGUGUUGGGAAGAAAAGAUUCCACAGAAAUGGCUGCAAGAGCUCGGCUGGGUGCUGCGUCAGGAAUCACUUCCCCCAUCAGCAGCGUGGGCUCUCCCACUCCGCUGGCGUCCCCGCACUCCAUCACGAGCCCCUCUGGACUACAAAAGACCCCCGGGCCCAUCUACAGAAACGUGAAGAAGUCCAGCACCUCCAAUGAGGAAUUCAAACUGCUGUUGUUGAAGAAGGGCAGUCGCUCUGACUCCAGCUACCGCAUGUCGGCUACAGAAAUCCUCAGGAGCCCCAUCACGCCCAAAUCUCCAGCAGAGUGCGCGUUGGAGUCUCAGGAGCUCGGCUCACCUUUGCCAAAGCAGUUGCAGCUUCAAUGCGGACCAGAUGUGACCUCGAGCCCCUUCCCAAAAGCCAAUGCUGAGAGUUUCUCACCUAAAUCCUUCCCCACAGCUGCUUCUUCCAGACAAGGCCGAUCCAGGGUCCCUCCGCCGUCAAACAGCAGCCGCUACAGCAUGCGCACCAGACUCUACUCAGCGCCCAUGCAGGCCAUCUCUGAGGGGGAAACUGAGAACUCCGACGGGAGCCCCCAUGACGACCGGUCCUCACAAGACUCCUCUUAGAUGAGAAACACUUCAGGAACUGCUAGUUUUUACAAAUAUUUUCAUAAACAAAAUGCAGUGGGCGGAAGAGGUUUUUACAAACAGAUUAUAUAGAAGAGUUACCUUAUCGUGGUUUUCCCUUCUGGUUGCUAUUUUGUCAGUUAGAAAUAACACGUAAAUAUAUAUAUUUUAAGAAUAUAUAGUAUGCAAAGAGAUGUAUGACAUGAAGAUUUACUGUAAUCUAGGUGUUGCUUUACCCAAAAAUCCCACUCUUAGACACUUUGCUGUUCCAAUUUGUCAAUUUAAAAAAAUAUAACCUUUUAAUCACUCCUCAGUAAAAUGUAUCCUGUUAGUGUAUUCUGUGAAUACUUUCUUCUGCACCAUUUGUACUUUGGAUCAGUUUACCACCCAAGUCACAGUUGUCAAUAAGCACACAGAUGAAUGAGCAUGAGUAGUUUUUAUGCAAUAAAUAAGCAAAAGGAACAACUGAAAACUUGACAAUCGAGAGGUGAGAGGAACGCAGGUGUUUUUGCUGGAGUCUGAAAAGUGAUACUGAAGUGGGAGAAUGUGAAUCAACCUUUUAGGUUCGUACCUGGUUUGCUGACUUAAAUGUGUUUAUGUACUGUUGCAAAAGGCGAGAGGGAAGUGUUCAAGGGGAUCAACUAUGCCUUAUUUUACGUCGCUCCGCAUGAGAUGCAGGGUUCAUGUCAAAUAUUUCAGUGUUUGUGGAUGAUCGGAAUAGUUUUACAGAGUGCUAAACCCCAUCUAUUUUCUCCUAAUGAAAUAUGAAUAAAUAUAUUUAUUUUUCUAAUCAAAGUGUUUCAACUAAUACUUGAAACAAGCCACUGCAUAUAAUCUAUAAAUCUCUGGGAUAUUUACAACAGUAACACUUUAAGAAUGAGCACAUUUUAAAUAAAACAAUUUUAAGCACCCAAAACUGCCAUAACGGAAAUAAAUAAUAAGCUAAAAAAGGGGGGGAUUACAUUUCAUUACUUACUAAAAUGGCAACAUAUUUUCAGUAAUUCUUUCUUUAACGUGGUACGUGAAGGGAUUUGUCAAAAUCUUCAUUCCAUGUUUUUGUGCACUGAAAAGGUAAUUUUUGUGAAACUUGUAUGGUCUCUUGCUGUAGCACCAGAUAUUUAAAAACUCUCCUUGAUUUAACAUUUAACUUUCUGGACCGGGAGGAUACUUGCAAACAAAAUAUCCACCCUUUGUUUACUUGACUGAAUUGUUCUUAAAUAGCUUGUGGUACCAGAUCAAUUUGUGGUUCGGAUCAAUUCUUAAUUACUGUAGCUGUCAGAUUUAUAUUUUUCUUUCCUGUACAAACUUGUAAAUACAGCAACUUUUUUAAAAAAUGUCACCAGGUUGUUGAAUUGUUUCUUGUGUAAAAACCUUUUUUUUUUUCAAAGUUUACAUGAAUUUGAAUCCUUUGUAUAUUUUUGAGCCGUGGAACAUUUUCUGUCUUGUAUUUAUUUUUAGUAAACAACAGUGAGGACCCUCGCUAGAAAUCCUGUCAAAGCCAACCGCGAGCACAUGAUGCCGCUGGUCAAAGGUGUAUCAAAUAAGAAAUAAAUAU